ACCACCAGUCCCUUGAAAAUGUCAUCUUCGAGCGCCUUUCAGAGGCGUCUCCAUAUCAUUUUUCACCGCGUUUCCCUCAUCAUUUAGCGGCCUAUCGAUCCUUUAGUCCCUCGAAAUUUGAGGCUAGAGGUGCCAGCUGCUGCUGCAAUAGCACAGCAACAGCAACAGCAACAGCAACAGCAACAGCAACAGCAGUCAACCUUCUACCAAAACAUCCAAGACAAUCGACUUGACAGAGUCUUACUUGCGCGUCCCCGUGCAGACGCACCAACAAAUGCCAUGAAUAUACGAUCCUCAAACGACCGACAUAUCUUCUGAGUGGACGGAUCAACAGCUACCAACCAUGUGGCCGCGUGGGAGUUGCAAUCAUAUAGAACAAACCGGAGAGCCAUGACUUCGCCAGUGAGAUGUACUGCAUCGAUGAAGUCCGUCUCAACCAGCUAGCUGAGCUGUUUGCCAUCCGGGCCGGACUGAAGGCCGCAGUUAAGGUUGAGAUUGAGUGGGUUUCGGGGCACGAGAAGAGGGAGGAUCUAAACGAGUCGAUGGGUUGUCGAGGUCACUCACCAAAUCCGUGACACUGGGUUGGGCGAUAGGCUCGAUCAGUUGCCGGCAGUCUGUGUCGACUGCAGCUUUCUAGAGCAGUGACGACGAU